CCGCGGGCAAAGCAAGCUUCAGACCAUCUUUUCCCCUGCCCAUCUCCCUCCACACACGCGUCCAACAACGUUACUACUCGAUACUUUCCUAUUCAUCGAGCUUGCUUCGCUAUUUUAUUGUUGUUAAUUCGCGUUAUCAAUCGCCAUCAUGACCGGUAGAGGAGGCGGUGCCGCUCGCAAGACACUGCUUGCGCCGAUUCACUUCAUCUUCAAACUCCUUCAGCAACGUUCAACAGUCUCUAUCUGGUUAUAUGAGCAGCUUGCAUUCCGAAUUGAAGGGAAGAUUAGAGGGUUUGACGAGUUCAUGAACCUGGUCAUCGACGACGCCGUGGAGGUUAGGCUGGCCACAAAAAGCGAGGAAGAAAAGAGGCGGCCAUUGGGUCAAAUACUGCUCAAGGGCGACAAUGUUUCUCUCAUCCAAGCUGUCCAGUGAUCGCGAACCGCACCACUUCUCCUAUC